UUAACCUUCAAACGAACGAAGAUACGGAUUUAUCGCGCGCGUCCGGGACGUCGCCCAUUCAUGUCGUACUCAGCGGACGUGACGAAUUCGCCGGUCUCUCAGUACAUGUAAAAUUUCGCUCGUCGCUCGUACCGCGUUUUGAUCGCGAUGACGUGGCCCCCCGCGAUACAUUAUUUAUUUUAUAAAUAUUUUUCUCAAUGAACACGUCGCGCAGCUGGCCGUGGAUCUAAUCUAAUCUGUCGCUGAACAAAUACGAUAUCGACCACCAUACGCAGCAGUGGAAUUUCACAGUUUUACAAACGAUUGUUGCCAACGUUUUACAGUCCGUCGCGGCCGCGUUUCGCGGCAGUGUUCUCGCUUUAAAUCACUACCAAGCCGGAAGUAAAACAAGAAGAAAGUACAAUGUUGGCUCUAUUUUUAGUAUUAUUGUGUUCUUCAUUUAUCGUCGAUGCGGUCAACAGAGAUAACUUCAAAAGAUGCGAUCAGAGCAGUUUUUGCCGGCGGUGCCGAAAGAUGGAAUCUGGAAAGACGCCGUAUCAACUUCUACCAGAUACUCUUGUACAGAGUGAAUUUAUGAUCACUGUAGAAUUAUAUAAUAAGGACACAAAUAUCUUCUAUGUGGUGAAACUUACGUCGUUGAAGGAGAACACGUUUAGGUUACACAUUAAUGAAAAACACCCCCUACAUCCCAGAUAUGAGAACGAGUAUGCGCUUCAUGAUCAGCCGCAAACAGUGAAAUUGGAUUCUGUGGAAAAGACUGCUGAGAGUAUAACCGUAACAAAGGAUGAAAACAAAGCUGUUUUGUACAUUAAUCCAUUUAAAGUAGAUCUGUACUCCCAAGGUGUUUUAGCAAUAUCGGCGAAUGCUCGCGGCCUUAUGAGAUUUGAGCAUUUGCGUACUAAGCCAGUAAGAUCAGAACAAAGCGACAACCCAGAAGCUGUGGACACAAAUAACAGUACGUUUCCUGGUGAUGGUGCUGAUGAUGAUCCUGGUGCUUGGGAAGAGAACUUCAAGGAGCAUCACGAUGCAAAACCGUUUGGGCCGGAGGCUGUUGCUAUGGACUUCAGUUUUCCCGGAUCGGAGCAUGCGUAUGGUGUGCCGGAGCAUGCUGAUUCACUAGCAUUGCAGUCAACCAAAUCCACCGAUCCGUACAGACUGUAUAAUCUGGAUGUAUUUGAGUAUGAAACGAACGAACGUAUGGCUUUGUACGGUGCCAUCCCGGUUCUCUAUGCUCAUGGAAAGGAAAGAACAUCGGGUGUUUUCUGGCAUAAUACAGCUGAAACUUGGGUAGAUAUUUUAUCAAGUGCAGACAAUAACGUCGUAGAAAGCAUCGUUAAUUUCGUAUCCAGAUCCAGCAAAAAGUCCCAAGUGGAUGCUCAUUUCAUGUCCGAGUCCGGAGUCAUCGAUAUAUUCUUCAUGCUAGGUCCAAAGCCACUGGACGUGUUUAGACAGUACACUAUUUUAACUGGCACAGCUCCUCUGCCGCAGAUGUUCACUUUGGGAUAUCAUCAGUCUCGUUGGAACUAUAACGAUCAGGAUGAUGUUGCAACAAUCGCCGAAGGUUUCGAUACACACGACAUACCGUUAGAAGUUAUGUGGCUUGAUAUCGAAUACACCGACAGUAAGAAAUACUUCACAUGGGACUCGCGCAAGUUCCCCAAUCCUCUCGACAUGAUACGCAAUCUUACUGCCAAAGGGAGGAAAUUGGUGGUUAUUAUCGAUCCUCAUAUUAAACGUGACAGCAAUUACUUUUUACAUAACGACGCCACUAGCCUGGGCUAUUACAUUAAACACCGAGACGGUAAAGAUUACGAAGGAUGGUGCUGGCCCGGAUCCUCGUCAUAUUUAGACUUUUUCAAUCCGAACGUCUUUGAAUAUUACGUCGGUCUGUACAGUUUGGACAAGUUUCACGGUACCACCAACGACGUUUACAUCUGGAACGAUAUGAACGAGCCCAGUGUAUUCAACGGUCCCGAGAUAACGGCCCUGAAAGAUCUCGUUCACUACGGAGGUUGGGAACACAGAGAUGUCCACAACAUAAACGGACACGUGUACAUUCGUGCAACGUACGAAGCUUUGUUCCGUCGGUCGGGGGGCUCUCUGAGGCCCUUCGUUCUAACGAGAUCCUUCUUCGCCGGGUCUCAACGUUACGCGGCGAUGUGGACCGGCGACAACAUGGCCGACUGGAAUCACCUACGCGCGAGUUAUCCGAUGUGCCUUUCGGUGGCUAUAUCGGGAAUGUCAUUUUGCGGUGCCGAUGUCGCCGGUUUCUUCAAGAAUCCGGACUCCGAAUUGUUCAUCAGGUGGUAUCAAGCGGCGAUAUGGCUGCCCUUCGUCCGUCAGCAUUCUCACAUCGAGACGAAGAGACGGGAACCAUGGACGUUCAACGAAGAGACCACGCAGGUUGUUCGCGAGGCGCUCAGACUUCGGUACUCCUAUCUUCCGUAUUGGUACACCCUCUUCCGCGAACACGAAGUGAACGGCUCGCCCGUUGUACGUCCUCUGUGGGUGCACUACCCGGCCGAGACGGAAACCUUCACUAUCGACGAUCAUUUACUGCUCGGUGACUCGAUACUCGUACGCCCGGUAUUCCAGACCGGUGCCACCGAAGUGUCCGUUUACUUCCCAGGCGAAGGCAAGCUGGCGUGGUACGACAUCGAUACGAUGCAACCCUAUCAGCAAGCGGGGUACGUCAAUAUUCCGGUGACGAUCCACAAGAUCCCUGUGUUCCAAAAGAGCGGUACUAUCGUGCCGCGAAAGAUGAGGAUACGACGCAGCACGGUCCCCAUGAAGAACGAUCCGUACACGCUAAUAGUAAUCGCCGAUAAUAACGGCAAAGCUGGAGGUAAUCUGUAUAUCGACGAUGAGACCAGUUUCGAGUACCGUCACGGAAAAUACCUGUACCUAAGACUAAAUUUGGCCGGCAAUAAGAUAACUUCGACCCUGAUAGAUAAGUUGGCUUCAUACGAGACGCUGAGCUGGCUGGAGAGAAUAGAUAUAGCUAAUCCGCCUCAAGGAAUCAAGUCUGCCCAGCUGCAGUUUCAUAAUAUGGGAAAAUUAACCUUGGAGACUAAAUAUAAUCCAAAUAACAAUGUAUUAACAAUACGUAAACCAGCUGUAAAUAUGGGCGAAGAAUGGACUAUUGAAUUAUUACAUUAGGAUUAUGACUCCACUCAUGAUCUACUCAGUAAUCGUAAUCGAUAAUGCCACUUUUUUAUUACUAUACAUGUUUCAGCUGUGAUCCGGGUUAUUAUAUCUGUUAAAACAAUAGGGAAGCAAAAUUUAGCUAUUAUGAGAACGAAAUAAUUGUUAUCUUUUUUGGUAAGGGAAAAAAAUUCGCUUGCAACGUUUUUCAGAUAUGCAAUCAAGAUGUAUAAUGUCGCAAAGCUGGGAAGUGUUUAUACAAAUAUUGUCCUGUGUAAUUUUUGCAACUUUGUUUUAUAUUAUACAAAACCAGAAAAACAAAGUGUAUAAAUAUUCCAGGCUAUUAUAGUUGAUUACAACAAAAAUAUUACUUUACAUUGAACGAGUAUACACAUUUAUGUAAUUAAUUUAAGAGAAUAUACAUUUCUCUAAAUUUAUCAUAAAAUACCAUGUAUCCAAAUAAAACAACAUUUGGCCGUGAA